AUAUGAAUGACUGUAUUAAAUGCACAGAUGAGAAGUACCCAAGUAAGAAUCAAGAUACAUGCAUUCCCAAGACUGUAACCUUCUUGUCUUAUGAAGAACCUUUGGGGCUCAGUUUAGGCUGCAUUGCUCUUUCCUUUUCUUUGACCACAGCUCUGGUGCUGGGGACAUUUAUGAAGCACCAUGGCACUCCCAUCGUCGUUGCCAACAACAGGGACCUCACCUACACCCUCCUCGUCUCCCUCCUGCUCUGCUUCCUUUCCGCAUUGUUGUUCAUUGGCCAGCCUCAGAAGUUGACAUGUCUCCUCCAACAAGCUGUUUUUGGCAUCAUCUUCUCAGUGGCUGUUUCUUGUGUAUUGGCAAAAACCACCACGGUAGUUCUAGCUUUCAUGGCAACCAAGCCAGGAUCAAGAAUGAGGAGGUGGGUGGGGAAAAAGCUGGCCACCUGCAUUGUUCUUUCCUUUUCCCUUAUUCAAACUGGCAUUUGUACUGUGUGGCUGGUGACCUCUCCCCCAUUCCAAGAUGUAGACAUGCACUCAAUGGUUGAUGAAAUUGUACUGAAAUGUAAUGAAGGGUCUGUGACCAUGUUUUACAUUGUCCUGGGCUAUAUGGUCUUCCUGGCAAUUGCCAGCUUCACAGUGGCUUUCUUUGCCAGGAAACUACCUGAUAGUUUCAAUGAAGCCAAGUUCAUCACUUUCAGCAUGUUGGUCUUCUGCAGUGUGUGGCUAUCCUUUGUGCCAACUUACCUCAGCACAAAGGGGAAAUACAUGGUUAUUGUGGAGAUCUUCUCUAUCUUAGCUUCCUGUGCUGGCCUUCUGGGCUGCAUCUUUUCUCACAAAUGUUACAUUAUUGUGUUUAAACCUGAGUUGAACAACAGGGAACAGCUCAUAAGGAAUAAAGACUGA